UGGGCCAGGGGGUUGGCGGUGUCGUGUCAUGGAGGCUCAGUCUCUCAGCAGCCAUUGAAGGGGAAGGAACUGCGGGUGUGUGUAUGUGUGUGCGCGCGUGUGUGCAUGUGAGUGCGCGCGCGAGUGUGUGGACAAGGAGGUGCUGGCAGCCGAGUUAGAGUCCCAACUCCUUGGACUCCAUUGGCCAUUCUCUUCUUUCUCCCCCACACCUAUCUGCUGGUGGUGGGCGUUUAUAUUUGCGUUUCUUUUCAUUCAUUUCCAAAUCUUUUACAAUUUGAGGGUUGGGGGCAGUGGGGAAGGCAGGGCCGGGUAACGGAGGAGAGGAGGAGCAGAGAGCAGGAGGAGGACAUGGAGAUGAAGACGAGGAUUAACCAGGAGUUGAGGAACCGAGCCCCGGAGGAGAUGACACAGUUAGUCAUUGAUAAUUGCCGUUGUGUCAAUGGGGAAAUUGAGGGCCUGAAUGAUACUUUUAAAAAACUAGAGUUUCUGAGUAUGAUUAAUGUGGAACUAAGUUCACUGGCCCGGCUUCCCAACUUAAAUAAACUUCGAAAGUUGGAACUUAGUAACAAUAGAAUUUCUGGAGGGUUGGAAGUCCUGGCAGAGAAAUGUCCUAAUCUUACCCACCUCAAUCUGAGUGGAAACAAAAUAAAAGAUCUCAGUGCACUAGAAGCUCUGCAAAAUCUUAAAAAUUUAAAAAGUCUUGACUUGUUUAACUGUGAGAUCACAACCCUAGAAGAUUAUAGAGAGAGUAUUUUUGAACUGCUGCAGCAAAUCACCUACUUAGAUGGAUUUGAUCAGGAGGAUAACGAAGCACCAGACUCGGGAGCAGAGGAUGAUGAGGAUGGAGAUGAAGAUGAUGAAGAGGAAGAUGAAGCAGGUCCACCUGAAGGGUAUGAGGAAGAAGAGGAGGAAGAAGAGGAUGAGGAGGAAGAUGAAGCAGGCUCAGAAUUGGGAGAGGGAGAAGAGGAAGUGGGCCUCUCAUACUUAAUGAGAGAAGAAAUUCAGGAUGAAGAAGAUGAUGAUGACUAUGUUGAAGGGGAAGAAGAAGAAGAUGAGGAUGAUGAAGAAGAAGAAGAGGAAGAAGGUCUUCGAGGGGAAAAGCGGAAACGAGAUGCUGAAGAUGAUGGAGAGGAAGAAGAUGACUAGAUCAUUCUAAGACCAGUUUCCCUAAAUUCCUGGGUGUGCAAUAGAGUGGUCACAUCUUAUUUCUUUAUGUAUAAUAGUUAUCCCUACAUAAGAUAAUGUGUAACUUUUUAUAGGAAAAGUGUGGUUUUACUAUUUUUGCCUUAUCAUUCCAAAUAAGAUUUACUAGUCUGUUAAUGAUCAUAUGUAGAGAAAAAUUUUCAUUGACCUCCUUGUGAAAUUCCCUAGCAGUUUAUUUAGAAUCUUAAUUUUUCUAAUACAAGUUUACUUCUUAGUCAUUUUAGCCCAUAAUUAAAACAUGAUGGCUUUUGCACAGGCAUAGUAUGGUACAUUUCAUUCAUAAGGUUUUAAAGUUAUUUAUCAAUUAACAGAAAUCACAGUCAGCUGGAGUAUGAAAUAAAAAUAGUCUUUUGAAUGAUAAGUUGGUUAUUUUUUUAGAGGUGACCCAGAGAUCUUCAUUUUGAAGGCAAUGCCUUUUUUGGCUAAGGGAUUUUAGGUGCUCUUUUGUCACAUGAGUAACUUGGAAAGUAGGAGCAGAACAGUAAAGGUUCUAUUAAAAAAGAUAGUUCCUGGCUUUUGGGGAGGCUUCUGAAACCUUUAAGCCAGGUGGCUAAUAAGAUUUUAUUUUUGAAGGAAAAACUGCUUAUAGUAAGUUCAGAGACAUGCAGAGGAGCCCUUUGUUCUCAAGCUGAAUGAAGAUCAUGACAUGCUAAUGGUUGGUUUUUGUUUUAUUUUUAAGUGUGCAUUUUUCAUUUUCUUUCAACAAUUCCUUUAAGACCACCUUCCUUUCUUGUUUCACUCUCCUCCCUCUUCUCAAAAAAAAAAAAUGGGGGGGAAACUUAUGAAUACCCAGGAAAACCUUUAUUCUUAUACCUCAAUUACCUUUUCAGACCUGUCUCAGUUUUCAAAAAGCUAAGUGAAACAAACUGAGUAUUUUCUGAGAUAUGAAUAUUAUUAUCUAUGCAGUUUUAUGCAACAGACUCUGCUUACUGGAAAUGCUUCUUGGUUGACAAGAUAUACAGACUGUAGAAGGAUGAAGAAAGAAAAGCAGAUGGGCUUUUGGAAGCAGCAAUGGUGUUCCUCAAAAGUCAGAAUAAUUUGCCUGUUGGUAAUUAAUGAGACAUUCAAAUCAAAUUAUAAGUUAGCUUCCCAAAUGACUUAGCUACCACUCUGCAAGCAUUUCUAAUUUUUUCUGAGUAGAACCUUUAAUUAUUCUCUCUACAGUUUUAAAGCAUUAUCAGAUUUAGCAUUUGAUUGGAAUAUAUUAGGCAAUGGAAAAAUAUUUGAAACUAAAUCCAUAUUAAAAUUAGGAUUUGUUUUCAAGUGGAUGUCCAUUAAAAAUAGAAAAAUAUUUGGGAGAAGUGCGAGUGUGUUUUCUUAUAUGGCUACUGAUUAUAAUAUGAGUAGAUAAGUUCAUCUCCCUUUUUGUUAUGGAGGCUCGAUGUUCAAGGCAAUUGCUUUUUUAAUCUUGGCUCUCUAAAUUUUUCCCCCUUUGGUUUUGAAUAUUUGUAAGUUUUUUUGUUAAUGUCAGCAAAUUAACUUAAGUUACACUUUCAUACUGGGACACAUUUAAAUUACUGAGUAUAGUACUGCUUUAGCUUAAACUAAAAAAGUGGCACAAAAUGACUGAGAUAAGUUUAGUGGGGGGAUUCGAAUAUCCAAAUAGCUAACAUUUUAUUCCUUUUUAACAACUGAAAUCGCUUGUUUUAGUCCCUAAGAAUUCUCAUCACAUUGUUUGACAGAUUAUAAAAUACUUAUUUUUAAAAUUAAAUUUAUAUACUGGCUUUCUUAUCAAUCAUUUUAUUGUGCAAUCAAUAUUAUUGUUCUUUGGUUUGUAAACAACACUUAAGAGCCUCCAAAUAACUUUUAAGACUUAUUUAGCUUUGUGGGUGAUAUUUUCAUGCAAAUAAGGGUGGGUUUUAUAUUUUGUAGACGUUUUAGGUCCUAUUUUAAUGCUUCUUUGUAUGGCAGUGUGUAUAUAGUGUGUUAAACUCCUCAAAACUAAAAAAUCUUUGAAGUUAAUACUUUUGUGCAACUGUGUUUUGAAUAAAGCCAUGACAGUGUUAAAACAAACAAACAAAAAAAUGCAGUUCUUCUGAGUAUUCCUUUAUUGUUUCUGACUGUUCCCUGUUUUUUCUGAGACUGCUGUAAUUUAAAGUUUUUGAAACUGAAUUGCUUCAAAUAAAUUGAAGAUUUGUUGUUAA